UGACCUUUGUUGUUGUUAUUGGCAACUGUUUGUUUUGCUUUUGAUCACUUUUUUUAUCGGAAUUCCUUUGAUGAUGAGUUCUCCUAUUGUGCUGAGAACAGACUCACAGCAAGCCCUGUCACAUGAGACUAUUAUCAACAUUGGAGAGGAGCUGAGACAGCAGUAUGAGGAACUGAGUGAGGACAAGAGGCAACGAACAAUCCGCAGUGUCGAGGAGGUGAUACGAAGAGAAGAGGCAGCAAAGGCCGAGGAGAAACUAACAGCGGCUAAUUCUGAAUGGUUGAAAGAGAGACAGGCGUUAUUCCAAGAGGCCCAUCAGAGCCAGCUCAGAGCUAUAGCACGACAAAACUCCAUCCUUGAGACAAAGCUACGGGAAGAAUUUGCUAGUACCUUAAAGAAACUAACUCAGAAGCACGAAGAGACACUAGCUAGAAAGAUUGAUAACACAUGGGCAGAAGCAGAGGCGGUAAAACAAGAAGCUGUGGAAGAAGCGAGACAAGAAGAGGUUUAUAUAGCGAGAGUCGAGUCUUGUAAAGUGGCAGCAACAGUUUCUGAGAUAGCACAGCAAAAUAACCAACAAGCCGAGGAGGACAAACAGGAGGCACUAUCAGAACAGAUGGAGUUACUAAAACUGGAAGAAUGCCGAGCGUUGGAGAGACAGAAAGAAGAACUAGAGGGACAGUUUAAGGACAAGUUAGCUGAUGUGUGUGAUGACUAUGAGUGCAGACUAGGAGAGGUUGGUAGAGAACUCGAUGAUCAGAGACAGAGAGUGGAGGAACUGGCGAUAAGACUGGAGGCCAUGACCCAACUCAAGGACAGUUGGGAGACUAAGUAUGAGAACAUUCGAACUGAAUUCUCUGAUUUUGUUGAUAAUGUACCUGGCUUUAGAGGGGAAUUUGUGCUGAAGUGAUAUAAUUAUAAUUAUUUGUCUUUAAUUUUGUUGUUAUACUUAAACUCAUUUAUAUCACCAUUGUAAAAAAUUCUUCGAUAUAACCGG